AUGGAUAGCUAUCGCGAGUUGGUGAUAAGUUCCAAAGUGAUCUUUGAAGUAGGAAACUAUGGAUUCUGGAAGGCGCACAUGAAGGCUACAAUCAAGGGUAUUGACCCAUUGGCGUGGAAGGCUGUGGAAUCUGGUUGGAAAUCACCUGUUGCAAGAGCCGAGGAUGGGACAGACGUUCCAAAACUGGAGGAGCUCUGGACUGAUGAUGAGAACAAGAUGGCUAAGUUCAAUGCUCGUGCACUAACUGUCAUACAUUGCAGUGUAGCAAGGAAGCAGUUUGAACUAAUUCAAGGAUGCGAGGCAGCAAAGGAUGCAUGGGAUAUUCUGCAGAAGCAUUUUGAAGGAACCUCAAAGGUUCAGAGUUCUAGAAAGGAUAUGCUUGCAACAAGAUUUGAAGAGCUAAAGAUGGAAGAGAAUGAAUCUAAAUACAAAGAGAAGAAACUUGUGAAGAAGUUCCUGAGGUGCUUGCCGUCUAAGUUCAUGGCAUACAAAGCAGCUAUGACCAUCUCCUGUAACACUGACGAGAUGACAUUUGAUGAAGUGGUUGGAAUAUUACAAGCUCAUGAGAUGGAAGUGGCUGGUGUGUCUGGUGGAAUGAAGGAAAAAGGAAUUGCUCUUGCAUCAGUUGAAAAGGAGCACAUGGAUGAUAACGAUCCUGUGAGUCUUCUGGUCAGAAGGUUUGAUAGAGCUCUACGAAAAGUGGAGAAUAGGCAGAAGAAGUUUGGCCAAAGUAGGAAGACGUCUGAGCCAGAGAAGAACUACAUGAAGAAUGAUCCUAAGUGCUAUGAAUGCAAGGGGUAUGGUCACUUUCGAACUGAGUGUCCCACAGUGAAAAGAAGAGAGAUCCAGUGUCAUAACUGCAAGGUAUAUGGACACACUCAAGCUGAGUGCGAGUCGGAUGGUAGGAGAAAGCCAGAAAAGUCCAUGAUAGGAAUCAAUGACAGCGAGUCCGACAGCGAAAGUGAAGAGGAAGUGAACAACUUUGUGGCGUUUCUAGGAAUCGUGGAAUGUGAUUCAGGAUCUGAGAGUGAUGCUGAGCAAGAAAAUGACUUAGAUGAAAGCUGCAAGGAAGUUCGAGAGACGCUAGUGAAGCUGGGAACAGAGAAUUUGGCCUUUGCUAAAGAGAAGGCACGACUGGAAGUUGAAGUACAAGUGUUGAAGGAUGAUCUCAACAGGGAAGCUGAGUUGGCCAAGGAAAGUGUGAAUCUGAUCAAAGAAAAAUUGGUCCUGUCUAAGCAAGCGGACGAGCUCAGAGAAGAGUUACUUGCUGAAAGAAAGAAAGCAGCUGAUCUUCAAGCUGAAUUAGAUCAGCAAUAUCGGAAGAUUAAGAUGCUCACGGGAACCAAGCAACUUGACAAGAUUCUGAGCAGUGGAAGAACUGAAAACUCAUUGAUGGGACUUGGUUACACUGGAAGACAGAGCAGCUCAACAGGUACAACGCGCUUUGUGUCUGGAGGUUUUGUCCAUGCUGAAGAAACUAAGACACAAACUACUCCAGCUCAGAUUAGUGGAUGUUUCUUCUGUGGGAAGUUUGGUCAUUACAAGAGGUAUUGCUACAAGUAUCUGGAACGGGUCAAACAAGUAUGGAGACAACACACGUUUUGGAGAAUAGGGAAGACUUCUCGAGGCUGGAUGAAGAAAACUGACUUGUAUCCUAAGAUAGUGACUGAGCCAAGAAGUACCGUACGAUGUAACAUGGCGCGAGUGUCAAGUGAUUCUGAAUCUGAGGAACCAUGGUACUUCGACAGUGGAUGUUCUAGACACAUGACGGGAAACAUUGAGUAUCUAGACAAAGUGUCAAAGGUAAAAGGAGGAAAGGUAACCUUUGGAGAUGGAGGCUGUGGUGUCAUUCAAGGCAAAGGUACAACAUGUAACUCAGAAGUACCUAAAUUGGUGAAUGUCUACUUUGUCAAAGGAUUAAAGACUAAUUUGAUCAGCGUGAGUCAACUGUGUGAUGACGGACUUACGGUGUGCUUCUCAGCAAUUGAUUGCCGUGCCAUAAAUCAACAUGGUGUAACAGUACUACAAGGUGUGAGAUCUGGCAAUAACUGUUACAUGUGGGAAAAGAAGGUUAAGUGCUUGUCAGCUCAAGAGAAUAUUGAUCUAUGGCAUAGACGUUUGGGACAUAUGAACUUCAGGAAUCUAACGAAUCUAGUAUGCAACGACUUGGUUCGAGGAGUACCCAAACUCAAGAUCGAUGACAAGAUUGUGUGUGGUGCAUGCAAUGAGGGAAAGCAAGUCAAGAUACAACACAAAAAGGUACCGGAUGUGCAGGCAAAGGCACCAUUGGAUCUAGUUCACAUGGAUCUCAUGGGUCCUAUGCAAACCGAGAGUAUCGGAGGGAAGAAGUAUGUGUUUGUACUAGUAGAUGACUACACCAGGUUCACUUGGGUUCGGUUUCUCAGGGAAAAGUCAGAAGUGUCUGAGAGUUUCAAAAUCUGGGCGCUUCAACUCAUAAAUGAAAAGGGAGGAAUCAAGAAGAUACGCAGUGAUCAUGGUGGUGAGUUCGAGAAUGAAGCCAUGACUACUUUUCUUGAAUCAAGAGGAAUAGCUCACCAGUUUGCAGCACCUUGGACACCUCAGCAGAAUGGAGUUGUUGAACGGAAGAAUAGAACUCUACAGGAAAUGGGGAGAGCAAUGCUUCAUGGUAAUAAGAUAGCCAAGAGGUUCUGGGCUGAAGCACUCAGCACAGCGUGUUACACAAUCAACCGUGUGUAUGUCAGAAAAGGGACAACAAAGACACCGUGCUACAUACUGAAUGACAAGGACUAUCUUGGGAAGUUUGACUCAAGAAGUGAUGAAGGAUUCUUUCUGGGUGAUGACAUGGGAUCAGAUGAAGAGGAAGAAGGUGGAUCAUCCGUAGCUGCUACUGAAGUCAUUGAGGAAGGUCCUAUCGCAGAUACAGUACCCCAACCAGUGAUUCAGCAAGUUCAUCGCAAUCAUUCGAAGUCUGAUGUGAUUGGAGGGAUUGAAGAAGGACGAAAAACGCGUGGAAAGGUGAUCAACUUUAAAGAAAUGGUACAGUUCGCAUGUUUCGUCUCAUCAAUGGAACCUAAGACACACACUGAAGCGCUACGUGAUGAAUAUUGGAUUGUCGCAAUGGAGGAAGAACUUGAACAGUUCACCAGGAACAAUGUGUGGGAACUUGUUGCUAGACCUAAAGGAGUAAACGUGGUUGGCACAAAGUGGAUUUUCAAGAACAAGACUGAUGAGCAUGGAGAAGUAGUUCGUAACAAGGCAAGGCUUGUAGCUCAAGGAUACUCACAGAUUGAAGGAGUAGACUUUGAAGAAACCUUUGCCCCAGUUGCAAGAUUGGAAUCCAUUCGGUUGUUUCUAGGAAUGGCGUGCAUUCUGAACUUCAAAGUGCAUCAAAUGGAUGUGAAAAGUGCCUUCCUCAAUGGAGUCCUUCAGGAGGAAGUCUAUGUUGAGCAGCCAAAAGGAUUUGAGGACCCAGUGCAUCAUGAUUAUGUGUACCGACUGAAGAAAGCACUAUAUGGGUUGAAGCAAGCACCACGUGCAUGGUAUGAACGACUCACAAAGUUUCUGUUAGAAGCGGAGUACAUCAGAGGGAGUAUAGACAAGACGCUAUUCUUCAAGGAAGUUGGAAAAGAGAUAAUCAUUGUUCAAAUCUAUGUGGAUGACAUUAUCUUUGGGGGCACGUCACAGAAGCUGGUGGAUGAGUUUGUUCAGAAUAUGACUCAAGAGUUUGAGAUGAGCAUGUGUGGUGAACUGAAGUACUUUCUUGGACUUCAAGUGUCUCAAUCAGAGAAAGGUGUCUUCAUCUCUCAAAGUGCAUACGCUAACAGUUUCGUAAAACGAUUUGGUAUGGAGAACUCCAAAGUUUCUAAGACACCCAUGAGUACAUCACUGAAGCUGGCACGAGAUGAAGAAGGAGAAGAUGUGGAUGUCAAGCUCUAUCGAGGGAUGAUUGGCAGUCUGUUGUACUUGACUGCGAGUCGACCAGAUUUAUCAUUCAGUGUUGGUGUGUGUACACGAUAUCAAGUGAUACACUAA